GAAAAUGUGCGAUUUUCGGACAUGAAUGCUGCCUCCGGGUUCUAAUGCCAGCAGAGUACUGAAUCGACAGCCGUCUGGACGAGUAUGGACGUGACGGCUACGCAAAAGCUUCCAUCUCUGUUCGUGUUUGAAAUGCUUUCUGUCUCCUGCCGUAUACUCACAUGGAAGUUCGGGACUCUGUGGCACGCGGCAAUUUCGAGAAAGUGUGUUGGGGAUCAUCUUCAUCUUCAGGUCUUUGAGAAUUCUGUGAGGCCAGACUCUGAACUUGCUAUAAACUGAAGCAUUCGCAUUCUCUUGCUCGGAUACACUGAGGCGAUUGAAUCAGGUUCCGCACUUUCCAGAUUAGUAAUAUCGUCUCGAUAUAGCACCCAACUGAAAGCAUCAAUUUUCCAGCCAGAGAAGUUUGAAGCCAAUUCUGUUUUUGGUAACAAGUUUUUAUCUAAGAGAGCUCUUUCGACUGGAUCAUGGAACUCGUGGAGCCAACAGUCGAUGGAGGAGGAAACAUUCAACCUGUUUCUAUGAAUCAGAUGGCUCAUACUAAUUUGAGCAGGCUGCGAAAGGCUAGCGCACUUCCGCUGUCCUGUAUCAACCACAUCUCGAGGAAGUGCAGCAACUUGCCAGAGUCUCAAAGAUUUUACGAGGAUUUGUUGGGCUUCGUCCAGGUCAAGAGGCCCGGGUCUCUAGCCGUCAGCGGUGUUUGGCUGUUCAAUUACGGAAUUGGCAUCCAUUUAUUGCAGUCGAUGGCAUUGCCGGGUUCAGCUCAAAGAAAGGAGCUCAAUCCCAACGACGACCACCUGUCUUUCCAGUGCGAAGACAUCGAUCGGGUGGAGAGAAUGCUGCGAGCGAACGGGGUGCAGUUCUUGCGACGGGAGAUCGAGGAAGAUGGCAUUAUGAUCGACCAGCUCUUCUUCCACGACCCCGACUGCUUUAUGAUUGAAGUCUGCAACUGCGAUCAGCUUCCUCUGGUCCCGCUCGCACGCUCGGCGUCCCUCAAGAACCAGCACCACUUCUUCUCGGCCUGCAAACGCACCAUGGGCCUCAUCAACGCCGCCUCCACCUUCACCGCUGCACAUACUCCGUCCCCACCCACGGAUCAGACCCUAAACCAGACGUGAUCACCCAUCUCGCACCAUCGCAUAUAUCAUCACUCAUAUCACCUGUCGUCCUCCAUUUACAUAAAUUCUGACACUGAACAUACCAUUCAUGCACUUCCGCCUUCCGCCUUCUUUAUGAACUUUACAGGAUCCAGAGUCCCAGACCUUCUGCACUCCCUCUCUGCUGACACAUGCCAAAGCCAUCAUCCGUAGCGUGUAGAACUGAUGCAGACAGCUCAAACUUCUUUCUUUUCUUCCAGUCGAUGAGGUGGCUCUAGUGGUAGGUCGGUCUCUCGCACACAACGCUCUGUCUACAGGCUUGUAAAUGCAACGCAGCUCAGAUGAGCUCAGGUGGAUUUGUAAAAGGCUGGAAUAGCUGGAGUCUCGAGGAUAUAAUGUAUCUAGAUAACCAUAGAUAUACAUUCUGUAGUCUCGUUACAUUGAACAUGUACAUUGCUCUGUGUCGU